UGUGUAUAUAUAUAUAUACUAGGCUUCAAAUUAUAAGUUUGUCAAAUUCAAAAUGUUGCGAAAAAUAUCCUUGUUUAUGUUAUUUACUAUUGUAUGGAGUUAUCAAAAGUUUCAAAUGCUAAUACCAAAUGGAGAUGCUGUUCCGAAUCCUUGCGCUGGUCAGUCUGGAAUAUGGGGAGGUGUUGGACAUAAUGUAGCGGCAGGAGGAGGACUUAACAAUCAAUUUGGACUGGAUUUUAAUUCUUCUGGUAAAGUAUGGACUCCCGAAUUAUGCCAGAAAGAUUCUGACCAGGAUGGUAAAUCCAAUGGAUUCGAGCUUGGUGAUGCAGAUUGUAAAUGGACACCGGGAGGAACUCCUGAAGGGACAGCCACUGGACACCCGGGUCAGUUUAUAGCUCCAGAUAGGAGCAAAUAA